GCAUUAUUAAUUUCUAACGCAAGCUUACUCCGAAUUUUCAAAUAAACGAUAACAUUAGCAUUUACUGCUGGUGGCAACGCUGUAAACGCAGCAAGGUAACACAACAAUGAUGGUGGGGAGGGGUGUUGGACGUACUCCUGCAAUUUUUCUUCUUUUUGAAUGGCACAACGCAUCCCAGCAUGCCGCUUCGAUUUAAUGUCUUUUAACUUUAUUACGAAUUGAUUGAAUUGAAGAGCAUCAAUAACAUCAUAUGAGCAAUGACCUUGCUACAAAGGAUCACUAAUGAAGUGUAAUUUUAAGUGCCCAUGAGCGCAGCGGAGGGAAGCGGUUCGCUCAUCAUUGGACAAUCAACAUGAUUAGACUGACCUUAAUUUUAAAUGUAACAUGAGCACGGACGAAAACUAAUUUGCAUGUGGCAGUGGGACUAACUAAUGCAUUUAUCGUCUAUCGAUCGACGAUUCAUGCAGUGCAACGUUGCACCCGAUUAUGUAGAGAGCGCGCCAAGCAUUCAAGUAUUAUCGUGUCUAUGAUUUCAAGCUGAUUGUGGGUGUAGUUGCUUUGUGCGGCGUUAAUAGCACUUGAAGAACAAUAAUUAUGGUUGUGUUCGCAACGUCACAAGCGCACAGCAACACACAAUCUUUCUCUUAAACAGUCACACAAGACACACACACACACGUGCAGCAGCAUCAUCAUCUUCAUCUUGGUGAGAGUCGAGUGGUACAACAUAAGCACUAAAACAUAAGUUGAGCUAUUUACUACUACUACUUUAACUGGUCGGGUUAACUCAACACGGCAACUGCAACCCGAAAGAGCGGGGCACAGCCGAUUAAUUAUGAGUUGCUGGCAAUAACCUAAACAAAUACUCAUAUUAUUGUUUUUUUUUUUCUAUCGGGAAUAUUCAGUUACUGUUGUUAUAUCUUCGCUUAAACGAACGGUGUUGGAGGGGAGUAGCGCGUAGUGUUGUUUAGAGCAAAUUUUUUUUUUCAGUUAUAUUUUACUUUGUGCCAACAAAAAUUUAUCACCGCCUUCGCCGCGCGCGCUUAAACCGACGACCAUAGCCACGCACUCAUACACAGUUAAGAAAGGCGCAUACAUAUACACGAAUAAUAUGUAUGUGUGCAGCUGUAUUAAGGUGCAUAGCCCGUAGCACACAAACAACUUUUACACGCACGCUCUCACGCUCACUGCUCUUCUCUUUUGGCGCUCGCUCAUCCAAGCAGUUGCCCCCGCUAACCCACCGCGCGAACCAGCCCAACAUCCAACCAACCAACCAAUCCACUCGCCAACUGACUGACUGACUGUCGACUGUGAUGACGACGACGAUGGCGCAAACGACCGACCGACAGUCGAGCCGACGAAACGACACGACCACGAUACGACGACCAGUGGUGGCAUGUAUGUAUGUAUGUAGCAAUUUGUAUGUUUACUUGUAGUAUCUCAGCAGGCGGGUAAGUUUAUUUCACACACACACACUGAGGCCGUCACUCUCGUUGCGUUCCGAGUUGUCGCCUCUGCCGUUUCUAUUGCUAUUGCAUCUGCUUCUUCUACUUUGGCGCCGCUGGCCAACCAACCUCUCAGUUCAAAAGUAAAAAACUAACUGAGCCGCUGCGAUUGUUGUUAUUUUUCGUAUAUAUCGAUAAGUCGAUAAAUAGACAGGGCUGUUGCUUAUCACAAUGGCACAGAGUUGGUUUGAGUUCUUAUUAUUUUCGUUUUGUACGUUUCGCUAAAAAGCGCAGUCAACGAGUACAUUUACUUGUUUUUGUAACACAUUCACCGCAGGCGACAAUCCAGAAAAAUGUAAUCGACAAUGAAACAGGGUCGUUUGUAAUGCACAGCACAUGUGAAAUUUUUAUGUUGGCGCGCGAACUCGACGCAAAGUAAACAGUAAACACCGGGAAUAAAGAAUUGUGUGUUUUAGACAUAUUUAAGUGCAAUGCCAGAGAAUAUUAUUGCCGGCAUACCGGUGCAUUUCCCCUUCGAGCCAUAUGAGGUGCAGCGCGCCUAUAUGGAAAAGGUGAUUAUGUGCCUGCGCGAUGGCACCAACGGCGUAUUGGAAUCACCGACCGGCACAGGUAAAACGUUAAGUUUGCUGUGUUCUUCGCUCGCUUGGAUACGCACACGUCAAUCCGAGCACCAGCUCAACAUGCAAAAGGUGCAGAUGGAACAGCAACAGAGGCAGACAACAGGAGGAUCUGCAACUGGAGCUAUGUCUGAUUUAGCUUUGGCCAUGGGUAAAGCAAAUAACUGGGGUGUGCCCAAGGUGAUUUAUGCAUCGCGCACCCACUCCCAGCUUAACCAGGCGAUGCGGGAACUAAAGCGUACCGCCUAUGCCAGUAUGCGAUCCGUAGUACUUGGUUCACGAGACCAGCUCUGCAUACAUCCGGAUGUGAUGAAGGAGCAGGGUAAUUCGAAUAAGGUUAACAUGUGCAGGCUGAAGGUGCACGCAAAGACGUGCUCGUUUCAGCUGCGCGUUGAGUCCAAAAAGGAUCAUCCCGAUUUUCGUGGACCCAGCAUCAUGGACAUUGAAGAUCUGAUCAAGGUUGGGCAGCGUUUGAAGAUGUGCCCAUAUUAUGCCUCCAAGGAGCUGGUUAGCAGUGCAGACAUCACAUUCAUGCCCUACAAUUACUUGCUGGACCCAAAAGCGCGCAAAGCCAACAAAAUCGAGCUAAGCAACACAAUUGUCAUACUGGAUGAGGCACAUAACAUUGAGAAGAUCUGUGAGGAGUCCGCCUCUGUGCAGAUACGCUCUUCCGACGUGGCCAUGGCCAUUGAGGAUGUAACUCACAUAAUGAAAAUCUUCUCCAGCGCCGAUUCCCAAGAUUCAGGCGGUCCCGAAGAGCCCAAAGACUUCACAUUGGACGAUCUAACGCUGCUCAAGGAGAUGCUGCUGGAGCUGGAGAAGUCCAUCGAUGGCGUUGUCGUCGAGAACCAAGUCGAAGGCACCACUUUUCCAGCUGCCCAUAUCUACGAGCUGCUCGGCAAGGCAAAUUUUACCUAUGGCAACUGCGCCACAAUCGUUGCCCUGUUGGACAAGCUGGUGCAAUACCUCAUGGUCGCCUCGCAACACUCGAUGCUGCGCAAGGGGGGCAGCUUUAUGGUGCUCAGCGAUCUGCUUAACGUUGUGUUUGCCAACAAGGAGGAUGUCAUGGCCAAAGUGCAUCGAAGCUUCAAGGUCCAUGUGCAGAUUGAGGACAAUAAACAGUCAAAGCCCGCGGGCAACAGCAACAUCAAACAAACCGGCUGGCUAGGCAAAGGCAACAAUGCAGCCACCACGGUCUCGAAGACAGCAAAGAUUAUAAAUUUCUGGUGUUUCAAUCCUGGUUUUGGUAUGGAACAGUUGCUUAAUACUCAAGUACGCAGCGUCAUCCUCACCAGCGGCACAUUGGCGCCGCUGAAGCCGCUUAUUGCCGAGCUAGCCAUACCUGUGGCCCAGCAUCUGGAGAAUCCGCACAUUGUUGAUAAGUCGCAGGUCUAUGUGAAGAUCAUUGGCACUGGUCCAGAUCGGGAGCAGCUCAUAUCCAACUAUAAGAAUCGCGACAAUCCAAAGUACAUCAGCUCGCUGGGUCAGACGAUUUUGAAUGUUUCUCGAAUUGUGCCGGAUGGCUUGUUGGUAUUCUUCCCGUCAUAUCCAAUGUUAAAUCAGUGCGUGGACGCUUGGCAGGCGAGCGGCUUGUGGGCGGAUUUGUCGAGUCGUAAGCCCAUAUUUUUGGAGCCACGCGGCAAGGAUCAAUUUACCAGCACCAUGGAGGAGUUCUAUCAAGCGAUACGCGACUCGAAGGGCGCCUGCUUUAUGGCCGUGUGUCGCGGUAAGGUAUCCGAGGGCUUGGACUUUGCCGACCGCAAUGGACGUGCUGUGAUCAUAACCGGCUUGCCCUUCCCGCCCUUAAAGGAUCCCAAAGUGAUAUUGAAGCGUCGCUAUCUGGAAACGAAUCGCACCAAAGAGAACCAGCUGCUCAGCGGCCAGGAAUGGUAUAAUCUAGAUGCGACACGCGCUGUUAAUCAGGCGAUUGGACGUGUCAUUCGGCAUCGUCACGACUACGGUGCAAUUCUACUGUGUGAUGCACGCUUCCAGGAUGCAUCGCAGGUGCAGCAGCUCUCCAAAUGGAUCCGUGGCCAUUUGGGUGCACGUCCCCAAUCCUCGCCAUUUGGUCCCAUUGUGCGCGAACUGCGGCAAUUCUUCAAGCAUGCUGAGCAAACGAUGGUGCAGCCUGAGGAGCGCGUCGUUGAGCCGCUGCUGGAGAACGUGUGCAAGGAGGAGCAGCCAACGCUGGCGCCCAGCUUCAACGGCAAUAGCCAAAUCAAGCGUGAGCCUGGCUCUGGAGGCAACAAAUUUCAGCUGGCCAGCGAACUAGCAGCCAAAGCGGAAAUGGCCAACUCCAUUAAGAGCUGGACGCCAGCGGAUUAUGUCAACGCAGCUGGAUGCACCACUCAGAAACAAACAGCGCCCAAUGCCAUGGACUUUAUGAGUCGACUGAAUGGCAAUGUGACGAGUAUCGACUUCAAUAGCACCGAUCUAGUGAAGAUACACAAACGCGAGCGUAGCUCACCCACAGCCAACGAAACGUUGACGAGUGGUAAAAAACGCUACAAACUCAUCAGCAAUGAUAUGAUCAAGAUGGAACCAGGCACCAGCACCAGUCACAUCAACAGCAGUAGUAAUAGCAGCAGCAGUAGCAGUAACUGUUGCUCUACAAAACCAGCUGAGUCCCCGCUUAAGGAAGCGCCUGAAUCACGAGCAGAUUUUCUGCGUGAGGUGCGGAGCGUCGUGGACAGCGAUAAGUUUCGCAGCUUCGGCAAGGCGCUGCUGGCAUACAAAACAGGCGGUGAUGAUUGUUUCGAGGUGCUGAUGGUGCUGCUCUUGGACGUGCUGGGUACACCGAAGCUGCGAUAUCUGUUGCUUGGCAUGCGGCGCUAUCUGAAGAACGAGCACAAGGAGGAGUUCGAUGUACGCCUGGCUAGCCUGCAGACCAGCUAGUCUUAGCUAUUUUAUCUCUCUAUUGACUGUCUUAGAUUUAUUUAUAUAAAUUUAGCAUAAGAAUGCAUCUGAUAAAUGGCAUAUAGGAGUCCACGACUCACAAUUAAGCUACAAUUUUUGCUACAAAAGAUAUAUUAUAAAUAAGAGCAAACAAAGAAAUAUAUAUAUAUAUAUA